AUGUUUGUUAACAAAUAUACAGAGCUCAACACUGGCUAUAAUACUGAAGGUACCGCAUAUAGUCAAAUAUUGUCUAUUUUAUUAACCGAUUAUGAUAAUUUAAAAAAUAAACGUAGCAAUAUUCCAUCUAUUCCAGAGAUAACACCAAAAAUUUAUGCACAAAUUUCUGAAGUUACAUUAUCAAGUUCGUCGAUAGGAAACAUAUUAUUUAUAGUUUUAUCGAUAUUUGGUGCAAUAGCAAUUUUAUUGGGAGUUUCUUAUACGGUAAAUAAUAAGGAAUUAAAAAAAAUAUUAUAUAUAUGUAAACAUUAA